AUGCCUACAUCAACCGGCUUCCCACUUGUACAAAUGCCGGCAAUUCCCGCGCCGCGGGUUCGGAAGUCAGCAAAGGGGAAAGAAACUCCAGAGCAACAAGCAAGAGCAAAGACAGCCUCUGGGCGCGUUGCAAAGCUCAAGGCACCUCAAAUUCGCGAAAUUCUUACUCGGGCAGCACAAAUGCACCCAGAUAUCAUGGCUAUGCUAGAAGAGCCAGUCCCUGAUCAGACGCCUCAGACACCUCGCGUCCUUGACUUCGAGGCCCAGGCCCAAAAAGUCUGGGAUUGGAUGGAAAAGGACUACAAAUCAGGCGGACUUUCCUUCAAAUCACGGAGAAAAUUGUUGCAAUUAUCGAAUCGAUCGCCAAGAAUUGCGGAACAGAUGCAGACCCUCAGACACGUGCUAAUGAUUGGAGAAGCGAUUGCAGCUACCUUCGAUUGCAAACUGCGCAAGAACAUACGAGUUGAGUUUGGAUAUGAGAAAGCUCUUCAGGUUGGCAUGUGCAACAUUAUCAAGAACAUGGGGGACAACGAAAUCCAACCAAUUGCAACUCGGACAGAUGAGGAGAAGUUAUUGCCCGCUUUAGAAAAUUUGGCAAAAGAUGCUAGAGGUUAUUGUGUCUUUGGUGGGCUCAGGACGGUCAUGGCUUUGUUGAAGGAACGAGCUCCUGGAUGCACCGAUGCAGAAUCUCAGGUUGAGGGUGGAAACCAAGCAGGAAGUGACUUGGGGCUUGACCUAGGGCUACAACAAGUCAAUCCCCAUGUGCAUGUUGUCUUUGAAUUACCCAGGUAG